GGUCUUUCACAAGCAUACAAUGCAUGCAGCCAUCCACUCAUUCACUCGUUCUCAAUUACGCAGCACCACCACCAUACGAACAGAUGGCUGCCCUCCGACCGACACACGCACCACCCAUACACACCCAGCCCAACCCAAGCGUCCAUCACAUCACCGCACGUCCCCCUCGUUGCUGCCCUGCCCCCUGCUCUGAGACUCCGCAGAGGGCGAGCCCCACUCUUGAGUGCCCGUCGUCUGAGCACCAAACCGGACCUCGCGGCUGGGGCUGUCGUCCUCUCUUUUGGCGUAUGGCCGGUGAUGCAAGCCGACGUCGAUGCGCAUCCCAUCCCACCCACUGGGUGCCGAUGGCGACCAUUCCUCGGCUGCCUGUGGGGGAGGGGGGGCCGAGCGGUGGACAGCUGCUGGAGCUUGCUUGCGCACGCCCGUUGCCAUCAGCUGAUUCACUGCAUUCUCCAGGGCCUCCUGCAUUUAGACAAACAUAUUCAUGAUCAUGAGCAAGCGGCUGGGCUGCUCGCGGCGCUUGGGUGGGAGGAUGAUACCUGGUCCGCGUGAAUGGGCGUGUCCUCUGCGUGCUGCAGGUUGCCCGCGUAGAAGGUGUUGGUGAGCUCCACCAGGUUGCUCCUGUACUUGACGAGGCUGUGGAGGUCUGCCUGCAGCCGCUUGACGUCCUCGCUGUGCCUGAGUGGUGGAAGGACACACAGACAGCAGAGUGGGGCGGUGCGUGGCUGUGACAUGGCUGUGUGGGUGAGUAGGUGGGUGGCCCUGUCCCUGUUCGACCGAUCGACUCUAUCCCAUCCCUCACUUGUGCUUGGAGUCGCUGAGUGCCAUCUGCAGCCUGUCGACAGUGGAUGUGCUGGCGGCGAGCAGCUUUGCGUAUCCGUCGAUCUCGCUCUUGACCUUGGCCAAUGUCGCCUGGGAUCGUUCGCUCUGCUCCUGAUCGGUAGGUAGAUGAGACGGAUAUUUUAACCAACCAAGCCACACAUACACCAUCCAUCUCGUCUCGUCUCGUCUCGUCUCGUCUCGGCCCUGCUACCUUAAGUGCGUUGUGUGCCUUCCUGGCCUCGGUCUUGUAGUACUCAAGCUCGUCUUUAACGCUUUUGAGCUCGCCCUGUGUCCACACACAUGCAGCCAUCCCGUCACAACUUACAAAAGUCACCUGUCCAAUCCAAUCCCGACAAGUGCCCAGGUGUCACUGACCUUGGCCUGGAUGACUUGUGCCUCUAGCUUCUGUUUGUCCCGGUCGUCUCCGUUGAGCAUUGGCGUCCUGGCCCCCUUGGACAGCUGGGCGAUGGCCGAUUCGAGCUGGGCGUUCUUGACCGACAGCUGACGGAUCGUCUGGGUCCGCACGUUGAUCUCGCGAUUCAGACGCUCCACGUCACUGCCCCAGUCGAAGUCUACGCAUAAGCCCACGCGGACAGCCAAGCAGACAUGCAGUGCAGGGAGGGGAGGGGUGUGUUGGUGCGUGCGAGGCUGAGGACAGCGUCGUGAGCCCGGUGGCCUACUUGUGGACACUUUGCCCAUGUCUCGCAGGCUUUUGUUGGUCGCCGCUUCACUCGCCUGCAGGCACGUGCGCACGGACCACAGGGGGGCGGGUGGGGUGAAAGGACUGAGGGUGUGUGUAGUGUGCCCCUGUGUACCUGUAGUGUCGCCACCACACGCUCCAGCCGCUCCUUUUCGGCCACGGCCGCCUCGUGCUGCAGCCAUCCAUCCAUCCAUCCAUCCAUGCCGCCACAUCGGGCACACCAGAUGCAAUUCACCACAGUGCCCUCCCUUCCUUUGCUCAUUUCCUGUCAGUCCAGUCGCCCCCCCGUACCAUUUUGAUGGCUCUGUUUUUCUCGGUGACGGCUUCCUCCAAUUUGUGCUUCAUCUCAUCAUGUGCCUGGUUCAUCUCGCCGGCCACCUCGCCCUCCAUCUCCCCGCCGGGCGACGACCCACCCUCCACCCUCACCAUCUGCAGCUCCUCUGUCAGAUUCAGCAUCUGGUCCGUCAGCUCCUCUAUCGUACGGUCCUUCUCGGCCACCUCACCACGGAGCCGCUGCACCUCGCUGGCCGUGUCGGUGUCAGCGGGGCCGUGGGCGUUGGGCAGUGGCUGUGUGCCCUGCUGCUCCCGUAGAGUGCGGAGCUGCUCUUCGUACGACUGCACGACCUUGCGCCUGGUGGAGGCACACGAAGGGAGAGAAAGAAGGCGGUGCAUGAUUUUGCGUCUCGCGCUGUGCGUGUGUGAUGAGGUCACAUACAUUUCUUGUUGGUGGAGCUGGUCCUUCUCGUCGAGCUUUCGCUGCCAUCUGAAGGCCUCCUUGCUGUCCGGCUGAGAGGGAUCGCUGCCGCCGCCCAUGCCGUGCCUGUCAAAAGGGAGAGCGACAUAGAUACACACACACACACACACACACUGGCGCGUCCACGCCGUCUUUGUGAAGUGAGUGCCAUCGCUCACAGCUUUGUCGUUUGUAGCUGCGCGCUAAGCUCCUCGAUGCGUGCUGACCUGAGAGACGUUCGUCAAAUGAAGAGCACGUGUGUAUGGAAUCGAUGUCGGCAGUGCAGGAACGGCUGCUCACUUGUCGCUGUUGGCCUGGCGCAGCUCCUCUAUCUCUCGUUGCAGCUCCCGGAUGGCCCUGGAACAUUUAACAGGAGAACAAGUGCCAGCUGAUCGUGUUGUGUUGUCUGCCUGUCGACAAGGUGGGAUGGCGGGCCCUUCCCUACUGCCUUACCCCGGCUCCGGUGCAGCACCUCUGGCAGACAGCCAUCCCCAAACGAGUUCAGUUCAGUGGUCGGUCAGUGAAAGGCUGAACGUCUUGUCUUGCUGGUCUUCUUGUACUGUGGGCAGCUUACGUGUCAUUGCGUCGGAGUGUUUCGUUCUCGUCCUGGAGCUGUUUGAGCUGCUCCUCCAGGUCAGCCACCUGGUCCUGAAGCGACGAUAUGUCCCCACGCCUGAGCACAUGCCACACACACGGGUGCGGAGACAGCGAUCGGUCCCUGUGCCUGUGCAGUGCAGUGCAGUGGGCAUCCCCCAUGGCUAUACGUACGUACCUGGGGUCCUCAUUCAGCUCGUAUGCCAGCUGGUCCUCGAGCUUCUUGACCUGGUCACGAAGCUUCGCUAUCUCCUCCGCAUCACCACUGUUGCUCACAACACACACAAGCCACAGAAAUACAGAAAAAAAUGACAUGAAUGGAUUGGCUGGUAUUGCGCCUGCCUGCCAGCCUGCCUGCCUGUGUAGGCACCUGUCGGUUGUGGCUGCGUGUGCUGCUGCGGUGCUGGCGGCGAGUGCAAGCUGCAGUUCCUUGACCUUGCCCCGCUCCCUCUCCAGCUCCCCCUCGAGCGCCUUGUCCUGUGCCGUCCCCUGCGCCAGCUGCUCCUCCAAGUCAGACACCAUCUCACGCAAAUGUGCAACCUCAGCAGCACUGUUUUAACCAACAGAGAAAACAGGAAUCGAAUCCAUCGUGUAAGUAAAGGUCGUGUCGCUCGCUUCUCGUAUGUGUUAGUGGGUGGUCGCGUCGCAGACAGUGACUAAGUAAGUACCUGUUGCCCUCCGGACCAGCGGACAGCGCUGCCUGAGACAGACGAUUGUGACAGAAGACGGAUACCUGUUUGUGUACGAGCCGCGGUUGUGCAGUGCACGCCCACCUUUAGGUUGUCCCGUUCUCUGGUGAUGGAAUUGAGCUCCUCGCGCCUGGUGGACGGAGGGUGGACGAUAGACAAGAGAGUGCACAAUCACGAUCGCCUUCCUGGCUGCUUGGUGGCUCCGGAUACCUACCUCUGUUUCUCGCUGUCUUCAUUUUCCUGUAGCAGGCGCUUCAGAUGCUGACUCUCCGCACGCAGCAUCUCGAGCUCAGACUCAUGCUCACUGACAGACAGAUGGAUGGACAAACGCACACAUCACAUCGCACAUUGGGUGCUUGGUCUGCUUGCUCUCUCGCCUGUCCUUACUUACACAGAUCUGGUGGAUGCUUUGUGGAGGUGCUCCAUCUCUUUGUUGAGGCUGCCGACGAGCUUGACCUGCUCCUCCAGGAGCGUCUUGUUGCGCGCCGAAGUCUCGCGCUGGUCGUCAAGCUCCUCCUGCAGCGCCUGAUUCUCAAUCUGCAGUUGCGCAACGAGAUCUACCCAGCACACACACAGACAUCACCACACGAAGAGCAAACACGUCAGCCACUCCGACGAAUGGAGCCAGAUGUCCGCCCGCCUACCUUUUGCUUGUCGCAGGUCGCCGACUUCGCUGUAGUUGACCGGUUCCGACACGACGGACAUGUCAUCCUUGAUCGUGACGGUCUUCUUGUCCUUCUUGCUCGACGACGAGGUGCUGAACAACUUCAUUCCUCCAAGGUUCAUCUGCUUAUUGCUAUGACGCGUUGGGUCCAAGAUCUGCCAGUCCGGCUUAAAUUUCCAAUGUCUGUGUCUGUCUCUCCGUUUGUCCUUCCUCCUCG